UCUUCCAUACAAAAUAAGCUAAUAUCUUUAUUUGCUGGUCAAAUAAAACACGCCUAUUAUAUUGUAUUUAAACAGUAAUAAUAUGGUAAGGUUGAUGUUUAAAAAUUUGUUUUCAUAUACUCUGGUAACGUUAACAUUGCAUCCAAUAGAAAGCGCGUUUUACUAAUCAGAAAUUAUGGCGGAUGCUGAGCAUUACAUUAGGGAUAUACAGAGAGAAUAUGUAGAUUUUCUGGAUGAUGAGGAGGAUCAAGGGAUUUAUUCGGGGCUUGUUAAAGACAUGAUUGCAGAAAAAGGCCGGCGUCUAAUAGUUAACAUAAAUGAUCUGAAACGCAAAAAUCCUCAACGAGCUCAAGGACUUUUAUCUAAUGCAUGUGAUGAACAAUUAGCAUUUGGACGAGCUGUAAAAGAAUAUGUUGCCACCGUUGAUCCUACAUAUGCAAAACAACAUGAAGAUUUUUUUGUAGGAUUUGAAGGGUGUUUUGGAAAUCGUCAUGUUACUCCGCGUUCUUUAACUUCAAUCUAUUUGGGGAAUUUAGUUUGUGUUGAAGGUAUUGUUACAAAGGUUUCAUUAAUACAUCCGAAAGUAGUUCGCAGCGUUCAUUACUGCCCUGCAACGAAAAAAGUUAUGGAGAGGAAAUACACAGAUUUGACUUCAUUUGAAGCAGUUCCCUCUAGCGCUAUAUAUCCCACAAAAGAUGAUGAAGGAAAUUUGUUAGAAACUGAGUUUGGACUUUCCAUAUAUAAAGACCAUCAAACAAUUACCAUACAAGAAAUGCCUGAAAAAGCACCAGCAGGUCAAUUACCUAGAUCUGUUGAUAUUAUAUGCGAUGAUGAUAUGGUUGAUCAAUGUAAACCCGGUGAUCGUGUUCAGAUUGUGGGAAGUUAUCGCUGUCUACCAGGAAAGUUUGGCGGAUAUACUUCGGGCACGUUCCGUACUAUUUUACUAGCGAACAAUAUUUCACUUUUAAGCAAAGAUAGUAAUAUGCUUAUUUGCCGAGAAGACAUUAUCUUAUGUAAAAAAUUAGCCAAAAAUAGUGAUAUUUUUGAUUUGUUGGCAAAGAGUUUGGCUCCUUCCAUUCAUGGACAUUCUUUCGUAAAGAGAGCUAUUUUAUGUCUGUUGUUAGGAGGCGUAGAAAAGGUAUUACCUAAUGGUACGCGUUUGCGUGGUGACAUCAAUGUUCUUCUCAUUGGUGAUCCUAGCGUGGCUAAAUCCCAAUUACUGCGGUAUGUGUUAAACACAGCGCCGAGGGCAAUACCAACCACUGGUCGGGGCUCCAGUGGAGUAGGUUUAACUGCUGCCGUAACAACUGAUCAGGAAACUGGUGAACGUCGUUUAGAAGCGGGAGCUAUGGUUUUGGCAGAUAGGGGUGUUGUUUGUAUUGACGAAUUUGAUAAAAUGAGCGAUAUUGAUCGCACUGCCAUUCACGAAGUCAUGGAGCAAGGUCGCGUCACAAUAUCAAAAGCUGGGAUACAUGCGUCUCUAAAUGCACGUUGUUCAGUGUUAGCGGCCGCAAAUCCAGUAUAUGGAAGGUAUGAUCAGUAUAAAACACCAAUGGAAAAUAUUGGUCUUCAAGAUUCGCUGCUUUCUCGUUUUGAUUUACUAUUCGUUAUGUUGGACGUAAUUGAUAGUGAUAUUGACCAAAUGAUUUCUGAUCAUGUUGUGCGUAUGCAUCGUUACCGUAAUCCAAAAGAAACUGAUGGUGAACCUCUGUCAAUGGGUAGCUCGUACGCAGAUUCUUUAUCGUUCACUGCGAAUUCUGAUGAGAAAAAAGAAACAGAAAUAUAUGAAAAAUAUGACCCAUUGCUUCACGGUAAGUCAAGAAAGCGGCAAGAUAAAAUUUUAUCUGUCGAUUUCAUGCGUAAAUAUAUUCAUAUUGCAAAAUGCAUGAAACCAAAAUUAAGCGAACAAGCAUGUGAAGCUAUUGCGACCGAGUACUCGUCUUUGCGUUCUCAAGAAAAUAUACAAUCCGAUGUUGCGCGCACUCAACCAGUAACAGCUCGAACAUUGGAAACUCUUAUACGGCUUGCCACAGCACAUGCUCGUGCUAGAUUGUCAAAAACCGUAACUGCCGAUGACGCACAAAGUGCAAUAGAAUUGGUGCAGUUUGCCUAUUUUAAGAAAGUUUUAGAAAAGGAAAAAGGUAACAAACGCCGUCGUGGAGAUGCUUCCAGCGAUGAGGAUGAAAGUAAUGAAAUGCAAAAAUCCCCAACUAGGAAAAGUAAACGUACUCGUACAGAAGUGGAGGCGGAAAGAGUUGUAUAUGACACUGAUGAAGAAAUUGAAGCGCCUCAGCCGGAUGCAGGUGAUUUAACACGGCGUGAAACUAGAAAAUCGAUUUCAGGUCGAAAGUCAACCGCAGCCAGAGAAAUGGACACUCAACCCAAUGAGCUAAGUACACUCCCUUCAGGUGGAGAUACAACUCCAUCAAUAUCAGAUGCUAGAUUAAAUGUAUUCAAACAAGGUUUGCAACUCUUGUUUCGCGAGGCUCGUGAACAGAGUUUAUCUCUAGAACGAAUUACAAAAGCUAUCAAUGAAAAUAAUCCAGAACAGUUUUCAAAUUCUGAAAUUGAAGCUGCCAUGCAGCAAAUGACUGAAGACAAUCAAGUAAUGGUUGCUGAUGGGAUCGUUUUCUUAAUAUAGUUUUUAUUACUUUCAUUCGAUACAGUUAUAAAUGUAUUACAAUUUCUGCACUAAAGCCAUUUUUAUACUAUUUGGAAUGUUCAAUGUUUCUUUGCUAUAUUUUGUUUAUAUAUAACAUUGUCAUUGUAGACUCGUAGCAAAGUUAAAUAACAAUAUAUAUAAAAUUCUAUUUGAAAAAGUUAUUAAAUUAAUUUGAACAUAUGUAUGAUUCAUUCUUUUGAAAUUUAAAAUAAACCGUUAUUAAAGAUUUUAAAUGAAAAA